CUGUUAUUAAGUAUAUGUAACAAGAACAUUGUAGAAAUAUUCUUUACACUGGGAAGCUUUGUGUAAUAACACAGCUGGGGUGUACAUCAACUGCCUGAAGGUGUCGCUUGACGUUAUUUACAACCAUCCAAUCAGAGGACAUGUAACAAAGGAUGGGGCAAUGCCUCUAUUUUGAUUGGUUAAGAGGUCAGGCUGGGAUGAUGGACGCGCCCCGGCGAAUGCAGUCUGACAUUCAUACUCAGCAAAAUGUCCACGCGCAUCGCAUGACUCGGAGGAGGAUUACAGAAGAUACGCCUCUGCUGUUUACUGUAAUUGUAAAAAUGGCAUCGUAAAGGUAUUUGUCAAUUAUCUUAACAGAUACUUUAUUAAUACGCUGCAUCAUUCACUGGCUGCUAAAAAAAAGUAGGCCUAGAAUUUCUUUUUUAAAGUGAAAUUAAAGAGCUUGUCCAUCACCUGUUUCCGGAAAUCCCGAGAUUGAAACAUGGAUUUCGUCCUCGGCGGCGUCGCUGCGUGUGGCGCCUGCUUUUUUACAAACCCUCUGGAAGUGGUCAAAACUCGAAUGCAACUGCAAGGAGAGCUUAAAAGCCGAGGAACCUACCAAGUGUAUUAUAGGAAUGUGUUUCACGCCUUUUACACGAUAGGCAAAAUUGAUGGACUGGCUGGUCUUCAGAAAGGUUUGGUCCCCGGGUUGGUUUAUCAGUUUUGUAUGAAUGGGGUCCGACUAGGGUCGUACGCCAUCAUCGAGUCCUUGGGCUACAUUCACACGGACGGAAGGGUCAGCGCUAUGAAGAGCACCGUGUCCGGGGCCAUUGCCGGUGUGGUGGGCGCUGUAAUGGGCAGCCCGAUUUACCUGGUAAAAACACAUCUCCAGAGUCAAUCUACUUCCUCUAUUGCAGUUGGACACCAGUAUAAGCAUAGGGGAAUGAUGCAUGCUCUAUUGGCCAUCCACAAACAGCAUGGAAUUCUGGGUUUGUGGAGGGGUGCCAGUGCAGCAGUCCCAAGGGUCAGUGUGGGGUCAGCUGCUCAGCUCUCUACUUUCUCUGCCUCUAAAGAGCUGGUCACUGACCUACAGGUGUUCUCUGAGGGCAGCUGGUUAAUAGCUCUGAGUGCUGGUAUGAUGAGUAGUGUAGUGGUUGUAUUAGCUAUGACUCCUUUUGAUGUGGUCAGCACUCGACUCUACAACCAGCCUGUGGAUCAUCUUGGCAAGGGCAUAUUGUACCGAGGGUUUGUGGACUGUUUCUCUAAGACGUUGAAGAAGGAAGGCAUGACUGGUUUGUAUAAAGGUCUCGGAGCCUCCUACUUCCGCCUCGGACCUCAUACCAUCCUUUCUCUACUUUUCUGGAAUGAGAUGCGCACUUUGUACCAUAGCUACAGUUAGCAUCUCACCAUUGCCUGAAACAGCAAAACAUCAACAAACAAAAAUGUUUCCCCGAUUUGCUGAUUAAAGCAGCAGUCGAGCACUAAGGAAUACGAUAGGCCCGUGCUGUAUUGUGAAUAUAGUCACAGCUAAAUGGUGACAUUACAUACAGUGUGCAGCAGAGUGCUAAUUGCUUUUAUAAAAUUUAUAAGACUUUUUUAUUAAAACAUUGUUUAAUUAAGCAUUCAUGUGACAGCCUUCCACUAGAAGAUAUAGUUCCUGAUAUAUAACAAUGUUGCUAUGCAACAAAAAAAUAAUAAUGUGCAAGCUGUGCAGUGAUGUGGUAAACAGAGCCAUUACAAUACAUCAUAUGAUCAAAUAAAACAGCUGGAAGGCUGCACUGACCAGAAGUGGAAUGAUUUUUUUUUUUCAAAUAUAAAAAAAAAAAAAUAUCAUCAAUAAAACUCAAUUAGAAUGCACUGUAUGUAGCAGGAUGGAGUAUUUAGUUGAUCAUUAUGCUGUUAAACAAUCAUACUGCAGCAAAUUUACAUGUGGUUUUAUAGAGACAGAACACAUGUACACUUCUGUUUAAUUAUACAAAAUUACAUAAUUUCUUGAAUUCCUGAUUAGCUCACGUUCCAAAUGUGUAAUUAAUUUGUUGUAAUUAGUUACAACUUAUUGACAACAUUACAGUUCAAGAUGAUUUCAUCACAUUUUUUUCUGAUUUAUAAAAGAAGUUUGGCAUUUUGCGAAAGUUGCUUAAUUGAGGAAGCAGUUCUGCAAAAAAGAGUGUUUAAAGAGGAAACUUCUUCAAACAAACAUUUACAUCAUUGGUAGUGUGGUAAGGCGGAAUAACUCUGAACAAUUAAGUUUUUGAUAAUUAAUGCACAAUCCAUACUUAUGCAUAAAAUGUGUUUUCAGAGUGAACUUUUAUGUCAUUACUUAAAAAAAAAAAAAGACACUUGUUGACCCUUUUCUUAAAGAUUAAAUGUAAUCCGCUGCAUUAGAAUCACUUGGCUAAGCAAAUUGAUCUUACUCUAGUAUAAAUCAUAUGAUGUACUGUAAAUGUUUAAUUCUCAAACAGAGAUUGUGUGGAAUGACUUUAACACAACUGGUUUUCAUUUGUUUUUUUCCUUGACAACUAUAAUUAUUAAUCACGAUGGGAAGGAAUAUGGGUUACUUUUGAGUAGUUAGAAGUUGAAAUGAAGUUGCACUCAACUGGUUAAAAAAUAACAACAGUAUUUUCUCAACCUAUUUUUGUCUUGUUUGCCAAUGCCUUUAAUGUAAGAAUGUCUUUCAAAUGUUUUUGUUUGUUUGAAACUUGGUUCCUUGGGUGGAACAUAAAUCUAUAGAGCAAUAGAUAUCACUUUUGGCUGUAAUAUUAACAGUUUCAUUGCAUGUUCUUAAAGCUUCUUUGAGAACAUGACAUUUGUAGAGUAUAUUAGGACAAUAAGACAAUUAGGAGAAUAAGACACUAUUCAGUGGAACAGAAUAAUGGUCACCAUUUGCCUUACAUUACAUGUGCUGUACUGAAUGAGCUCUUUGAUGCUUUGGAGAAAUGAAUGUAACAUAAAAUUAUGUACUAAAAGACUUAAAUUGUAUAGGUACAUAUUGGGUCUGUAACAUAAGAUAAUAUAUAAUUUGAGAAUAAACUAUUUUUAAAAGAACGAUUGUGUUUUCUAUAUGCAUGACAUUAACACUGCAAUAAGUCCUUAAAGUACAAAUACACAACUGAUAAUCUCAUAUUAAAAGUUUUUGGACACUUAAUUCACACUUAGAAAUGUCUGAAUGUCAUUGUAUUAAUCAAACCAUCAAAUGGCAUCAACAAGAAAAUAAGCCUAAAGCCGCCUUUCCACUAUCUCCGACGAAAGACAAGCGACAGACCGGAAGUCAUUCAUUUCGAAUGGAGAGUAGCGCGGGAGCUGCGUGGAGUUCCGAUCAUAUGCGUAUGCGGAAAAUUCGGAUCCGAUUUGAGCUGCGGAUGCGUUAAAAUACAUGAACUUCUGCGGCUAGGCCGUAUGCGACCGCCCGACCGGAUGUGAUGUAUUCUAUUAAAAACUAUGAGCGUAAGGUUAGAAUUACCAAUAUUUGUUCAAUUUAACAUUAUUCUUUAAACACUUUUUCUGUAAAAUGGUGCUUUAGAAUAGUUAUGGCAGAAAUAAUUAUUUAUUAAAUAAUUAUUUAUGUUGAUUAGCCCCAUAAAACCUACUAUGUUUUUAUUUUGGGGGUCAUCUGAUUUGUAACGAUGCAUUCAUACAUUAAUUAUACUUAUUAAAAUGAUUAAUUUUACCAUGGUGAAUAUGCCGAGGUGGCGGUUGCUGCAAGACCAGUUUGAAAGUUUCGUGCGACUGCCACUAGGGGGAGAAAUGCGACAGUCGUGUCCGAAUGUCGUGUGCAGUGGAAAGGCGGCUUAAAGCCGCCUUUCCACUAUCUCCGACGAACGACAAGCGACAGACCGGAAGUCAUUCAUUUCGAAUGGAGAGUAGCGCGGGAGCUGCGUGGAGUUCCGAUCAUAUGCGGAAAAUUCGGAUCCGAUUUGAGCUGCGGAUGCGUUAAAAUAUAUGAACUUCUGCGGCUAGACCGUAUGCGACCGCCCGACCGGAUGUGAUGUAUUCUAUUAAAAACUAUGAGCGUAAGGUUAGAAUUACCAAUAUUUUGUUCACUUUAACAUUAUUCUUUAAACACUUUUUCUGUAAAAUGGUGCUUUAGAAUAGUUAUGGCAGAAAUAAUAUGUUGAUAUUUAUAAAAAAAAUUAUUUAUGUUGAUUAGCCCCAUAAAACCUACUAUGUUUUUAUUUUGGGGUCAUUUGAUUUGUAACGAUGCAUUCAUACAUUAAUUAUACUCAUUAAAAUGAUUAAUUUUACCAUGGUGAAUAUGCCAAGGUGACGGUUGCUGCACGACCAGUUUGAAAGUUCCGUGCGUCUGCCACUAGGGGGAGAAAUGCGACAGUCGUG